UAUAACAUUACCGUGGUAAAUACUCUUUACGCUAGUAUCUAGCAUGUAUCCUUUAAGCACUUUAAGUCGGCGCACUUGCCACGCCACGAUGUGGUCAAUACAAAGACGGCCAUUGAGCUCAAAUAAUCAGACAGCAGUCAAGCCUGGCUUCCGAUCGAUGAUGAAGGAGUAUGGUAAACCAUUUUUGGUGUACUGGACUGGGGUGUGGGCUUGCACAGGGGUUCUCACAUACGGGGCUGUAUCGUAUGCUGGGCCAGACGUUGCGCUCAGGGGAGUACAGCAGUUGGGUGUGAACACGGAGGAGUGGGACCUGACACCGGCCAAGAUUAACACUGCAGUUGCUGUGGCUAUCAAUGAAAUGCUGGAGCCAAUUAGGUUUCCGAUAUGCGUCGCCACAACACCGAUGGUGGUUAGGUUUUUUAGAGGGUUGAUGAGGAGGUGACCGACUGACCGGUCCUUGUAGAAUAAUUGGGACAUGUAACAGAUAUAUACGGCCAUACAUCACCGCCCCUUUGGAUAGUUGUAGGUGUACAGCCAUCAAUGAGAGCCAAUGGUGAUGAACUAUACCAACGUAAAAAACGCGUGGCGUUUGUUCGGUUGAAACCUCAGGAAUAAGCAUAUUGCACCUAGCCCGCAGAUGCCCUUAUGAAUGACAAUCAUAUAUGAAGGCCAACGCAGCAGCAUUAGAAGUAUACACUGUACAGCUUUACAAUAGAGCUCACUUGCG